CAGGAGGCAGCGCCCUGCCCCUCGCGGCCCCGCCCCGAAAGGUCAGCGGCCGGCCAUGGGGCGGGCGGGGAGGAGCGCGGCGGCAAGCGAUUGGCGGCCGCGAGCACGUGGUGUGUGUGUGCCCGGUCGCCCGGGCAACGCGGCGGCGCUAUGGGUCCAAAAAAGAAAAAAAAGGCCAGUGGCAAAAAGAAACUUAGCAAAGCUGAACGACUGAGGUUACAGAAAGAAGAAGAAGAAGAAAGGAGGCUGAAAGAGGAAGAGGAAGCCCGACUGCAGGCUCAGCAAGAGGAAGCAGCAAGACUUGAAAAGGAGAGACUUGAACGACAGCAGAUGGAAAGGCUUGAGGCAAAAGAUCAAGAGCGAAGGGAGUCUGAACUUGCAGAACUUUGUUCACUAGAAGAGAAGUUUCCGUCUGCAGAACAGUGGAAAACAAAUUAUAGAGCACAUGCAAAGUGGGAGCAUUACGUCAGUUGUGAUGGAAGUCCUGACCCAACUGUGCUACAGGAAAUAAAUACUUUCAUGAGCUUAUGGCGUGAAGAUCAAAAUGAGAACAUUCAGUUUGUGAUGGAGAAGGGAAAAGAAGUGCUAAAUUUAAUUGAGAAGUUGCAGUUUCUUUUAUUGGACACACCACCAAAUGAGAUAACAGAAAAAGAAACAGUUCAGUACCAGGAAACGAUUUUGGACUUGCAGAAUCUUCUUCAUCAGAAGUACAAUGGAGCAACAGAACACCUGCUUAAAACAGAUAAUAUGUCUGAAGAUUCUGACAGUGGAAAUAUGCAGUUGGUCGUAAAGGAUAAAAAUGUUACACUCUGUAUUUGGGCAAAUCUGAAGAAGAAUAUAAGGUUCAAAAAUCAUGUGUUUCGUGAGGUACAGCAUGGAUUUGAUCUUCCAAAGUCACUGGCUGUGAACAGUGUUGCUGUUCGCAUAUUUCACUCUCAUUACGAUCAUGUAUCUCCACUUUGGCUACAGUGUCAGUAUGUGCCAAAGUUGAAAAUCUUAGACAGCAAAGAGGUAACUGUGGAUUUGAAAGAGAAUGUAGAAGAAGCAGAAGAAGAGGAAGAGAAGGCCAAAGAAGAGCCUAGUGCACCCACUGAAGAAGAAUUGUAUUCUAAUGGGAUAAAGAGUGCUAGCUCAUUCAAAGAAAGUACCAAUAACAUAGCUGAUAUAAAUGAGAAGACAGAAGAGGAAAAUGAGAAGAAAUCAGAAAUCCUUGACAUACUAUCACAAGUUCAGAUUCCAGUGAUGCAGGAAGAGACCAGUGAAAAAGAAGAGGUGAUAAUUGAUGAAAAUAUUGUUGAUUUGCGACAGUUUAUACCAGUGGGUGGUGUGUACCAUAUUGAUGUGCUGCAGCUCCCACCUCGGGCCAAAGAAAUCAAGAACUGGAGUAUGGUGGAGGUACUUGAUGGUGGAUUGGAAACCUAUCCAUAUCCCCCAGAAUCAGAAGAGACUGAAGAUGCCGCACAUCCACCGAUAGGGAUCACACUUAGGCUUCCUGACAAUGAUGUGAUAUAUUUUGAGGACCCUGUAGUAGCCCGAUGGGAUCCUGCAGGCCAGCAGUGGAGAACGGAUGGUAUCAGCAACAUAAUAUAUGAAACAGAACAGGGGAAAGUCAUUUUUGAGAUGGAUACCUUCUAUACGAUAGCGCUUCUCCAGGAUGCUCAUCUCAACAUGCCUUAUCAGGCAUGGGAAUUGCGCCCUAGUGGUACAGAUGAGUUAUUACUUAUAGUUACUACAGCCUUUGCAGAGGUUCAGAUACAAGUUAAGGAUCAUCAGUGUAUGUUGUCUACAGUCAUGGUAGAAGAGAAAGACGUACUUUCCCAUUUGACAGGAAAAUGGAUGACUCCAGUUCACCUAACAGUAGUUUUGAAAAAGGCUGGUAUAAAUAUUUUCCCAGGAGAAUAUUCUCACAAAUAUGUCUGUGUGAACAAAAAGGCUCCCCUAGCAGAAUUUAGGGCAUAUCAACAGAUGGCACUGGUUGCAUCUGCUUUUGCUUUCAGUUGGAGCAAAUGGAAUCUGGAAUCAGGUGAAGAGCAAGUAGUGCUUAAGAUAAGUGAGCAUCUUAAAACAGAUUCUGUCGAAGAUGAAGACUGGUCUCUUUACAUGUUUAAUGGUCAGAGAGCACAGAGGCUUAAAAUCACUGAAGCUAGUGAAGCUUUUUCAGAAGAGCUAGAAGAUCACUCUGAAUUUCACUCCACUCUCUACCAUAUGCUUAAAGACUUUGCCAGCAAUGAAGCAAUUGAUAAAGUAAAAAAAGCUAACUUCUUGUUUAUCGAUACUGUAUAUCAGCUGCUCCUUGCUACAAGAGUAUUAACAUACUCUUAAACACUGUGUUCCUUUAAAAACUUUAUUAUCAAAAGCUUUCAAUAAAGUUACAUUUCAAGUCUUUAA